AAAUAAAAAACGGAAGAAGAAAAGGACAGACUUGUUCUUUCACAGACUGGAAGGACAUGCAUUCAUAGCAAGCUUCGCUAAUCAGUUUCUUGAUCGAGCACGUGUUCUCUACAGUCAACCAUGGGAAGCGAUAAAAGGACCAGUCGUGGAGAACGUAGUGGAAGAUAUGGUUCAGAUGGAAGGAGAGAGGAUCUAGACUGGCAUGAAAGGCGAAGUAGAGAUGCAGAGAGGGAUUAUGACCGGCGCUGGGCAGAUGAUAGACACGAUGAUAGGCACGAUGAUAGACACGAUGAUAGACACGAUGAUAGACACAGAGAGCGCUUUGACGACCGCAGAGACAGUCCACAGAGGGGGCGAAAACGGCACAACAGUGACAGAUCUGAUGAUGAAUAUGAUGAUUAUCCAGACCAGGACUACAAAAUGGAGUCAGAGGAGGAGAGCAGGACUAUUAUGCUUAGGGGCCUCUCUCUCCAUGUUACAGAGGAUGAUAUCCGCACAGUACUCGAGCAGCUGCAGGGACCGCAGCCUGUGGACAUACGCUUGAUGAGGAAGAGAACAGGUAUAAGCCGAGGUUUCGCCUUCGUGGAGUUUUAUCACUUGCAAGAUUCUACCCGAUGGAUGGAGACCAAUCAGAACAACUUGGUGAUCCAGGGGAAAAGCAUUGCAGUGCACUACAGCAACAGGAGACAGAAGUUUGAAAACUGGCUUUGCAACUCUUGCGGUCUGUACAAUUUCCGGAAAAGGCUGAAGUGUUUCAGGUGUGGAGGAGCCAAAGUUGAUGGAGAGACCCCCGCAGUAAAUGGGUUAAACAUGGAAUCUCAACAUCCAGGAGAUUACAAUGGAGAUACAAUCAUUUUGAGGAACAUCGCCCCCCUUUCAAGUGUCGAUGGGAUUUUGAACAUACUGUCUCCCUACGCCAAUCUGUCUGUGGGCAACAUCCGCCUCAUCAAAGACAAGCAAACAGGACAAAAUAGAGGCUUUGCUUUUGUUCAACUCUCAUCCCCCCUGGAGGCUUCUCAGCUGCUCACCAUCCUCCAGAGCCUUCAGCCACCUCUGAAACUGGAUGGGAAAACAAUCGGUGUGGAUUAUGCCAAAAGUGCUAGGAAAGACUCUGCACAGCACGAUGGGACCAGAGCCUGCGCUCUCUCUGCAGCCAGCACAGCCAUCGCUGCUGCCCAGUGGUCGUCCAGCCAGUUGAAACAGGGUUCAGGGGCUUCCUCUGAAUACGUUCCUCCAGAGGUCGUUGCACCGCCACAAACGCAGGGACAGAAUUUCCAAGUGUGGCGGCAGCAGCUGGAAGGAUUGACUCCUGUCAUUGGAGAUGGAUUACUCGGAGCUGCUCCAGGAAUCAAGACAUUACUCCCUGCUGCCAGUGGUGUGGUCCUUUCACAGACGGCUCAAUUCUACCAGCCUGUCGUCGUCAGCCAGCCACUUAUACAGCCACAUCAAGUAGCGAGUGUGGUCGAUGUCGUGCAUCAACACCCUGCCAGUGUCUGUGCUCCAUCACUGGUAACACCAGCAGGUUCCUCAGUCACAGCCUGUGCCGCCCCGACUGCUAACACGUCAGAUGUCCCAGAUUCAUCCUCGUAUCAGUACGACGAGUCUUCAGGUUACUAUUACGAUCCACAGACUGGCCUGUACUAUGAUCCCAGCAGCCAGUACUACUAUAACUCAGAGACACAGCAGUACCUGUACUGGGACAGCGAGAAGCAGACGUACUUUCCUGCAUCAGCAGACCCAAACGCAGAGAAGAUGUCCGCAGCAAGCUGCUCAAACAACAAAGAGCCCAAAGAGAAAAAAGAGAAGCCCAAAAGCAAAUCUGCACAACAGAUUGCAAAAGACAUGGAGCGGUGGGCAAAAAGCUUAAAUAAGCAAAAAGAAGGUUUCAAGAGCACUUUCCAAGGACUGUCUAAGGAGGAAGAGAGGAGAGAGUCUGCAGCUGCUGAUGCUGGUUUCUUCCUCUUUGAGAAGAAGCAAAGUGGAGGUUUCGAAAUGUCACCCCUCAUGAAUGAACAGUUCAGGAUCCCUGAGCAGGAGACUCCAGAUAAGAUUGCCCCCGUUGUUACCUAUAAUGGCGACAGUGACCCAGAGGAGGGUGGCUCAGAGAGAGCGGUCGAGGACGACGGUAACAUAACAGACUGGAAGAAAAUGGUUUGUUUGCUGUGUCGGCGUCAGUUUCCCACCAAAGACGCUCUGUUGCGUCACCAGCAGCUCUCUGACCUCCACAAGCAAAAUCUGGAAAUCCAGAGAAGGUCGAGGCUUUCGGAAGCUGAACUAGAGGAGCUGGAGAGGAAAGAGACGGAGCUGAAAUACAGAGACCGAGCGGCAGAGAGGAGGGAGAAGUACGGUGUCCCUGAACCUCCUGCACCCAAGAAGAAGAAACGCUAUCAACCUCCAGCCCCAACACAAGACUACGAGCAGCCGACCAAAGACGGCCUAACAAGCGAUAAUAUCGGGAACAAAAUGUUGCAAGCGAUGGGCUGGCAGGAAGGCAAAGGCCUGGGGCGCCACCAACAGGGCAUCACUACUCCUAUUGCGGCUUCAUUAAGGACCAAGGGAACAGGCUUGGGUAUAAAAGGAAGCGCGUACGAGCUGACAGCAUCUGACACCUACAAGGAUGCUGUUCGUAAGGCCAUGUUUUCACGCUUCACUGAGAUCGAGUGAGCUGAGUGUAGAGAGGAGUAAUUGCAAGGAACUGUGAAAUCCUGAGAAUUGUGUGUGGCCAAAUGACUUUACUGUGACAUGAAGAAGACGAGAGAAGAGGAAAGAAAAGCCCCCUCUCCCUGUACAGAUAUAGACUGUAGUUUUUAUUCCAUUUAUGUACAUAAUGUUGGAUAUAGGUUGAUAUUUUGUCACGAAAAAGUUUGUUUCUUUUUCCUUUUGUCAAAAUCAAUCAUUGUGAUGAUUAAACCUGAACUGUGCCCACAAAUACUAACAAA